AUGUAUGAUUUCGAUGAUGAUGAAGAAGUGGACGAGUCAGCCAUAAAGGAAGAGAAUGAAUGCUCUAAGCAAGGAACCGAAGACAAAAGUGAUAAGCGGGCGCCUCGAGGAUGCAAACCAGAGGAUUACGAAGAAGAGGAAGAGGAGGAAGAGAGGACGCGUACGGUCGUCUACUUCUGGCAAGGCCGGCUAACUUCAGAUAUAGCUUGGUUACAGUUUAACUUUUCUGUUCGUAAGGAUAUGUCUGCACGUCUCUCACGCAAUCCAGUUGAUCCUGGUCGGCCCCUAAAGGUUGAGUUCAAGCAUGUGCACCAACAGCAAGAAGAUUUGGUGUUUCUAGCUCAUUUCCGACAGCAGUUUGUAAUCCACUUGGGUCACUACAAGGAUCGCUACUCUGAUACACUCACCAAUUCGGUCCAAAUGUAUCAUCUGCGCGCCAACGGCAACCCGAUCGCCUCCCGAUGUAUUGAAGUACGCCAUUUUAUUACAAUUCUUUCACUAUAA